AUGCGGAGAGCUUAUGCGCUAGACUAUGGGUCUAGUUGGGAUGAUAAGUUACCCUAUGCAGAGUUCUCGUACAACAACAGCUACCAAGCCAGUUUGCAGAUGGCCCCUUUCGAGGUAUUGUAUGGCAGGAAAUGCAGGACACCUUUGAUGUGGGAUGGAGUUGGAGAUCGCAAAUUGUUUGGACCUGAUUUGAUUAGGGAUUCUGAGGAGAAGGUCAAGUUGAUUCGUGACAGACUUAAGAUAGCUCAGUCAAGGCAGAAAAGUUAUGCCGAUGCUAAACGCAAGGAACUGAAGAAGUGUCAUGCAGAGAUGGCGGACAUUCCUUUGAGAGAUACAGUGCCACUGGAGGCAAUUCAGUUGGAGCAUGAUCUAACUUAUGAGGAGAAGCCUAUUAAGAUUCUCGAGACUGCAGAGAGAAUCACUCGUACCAAGAUCAUCAAGUUCUGCAAGGGCCACUUUAGUCUUCGGUUUAAAAAAACGCACGCACUCACCGCAGCCUGGACCGAAACUGGGUUCGGCCAAAGAGCGCCCCAACCGGCCCAGCUGGCCAUUUGGCCCAAGGCCUGCGCCCGCGCACCCGAAGCCUCCCGCCCGGUCGACCGCCCCGCGCUCGCCCUCGCUCGCCUCCUCUCGCUGCCGCUGCCAGGCGGGCCCCGCCCGUCAGGCCGUCCCCAACCUCCCACAACCCGCGGGGUAAACAUCCUCGCCGCGCUCCCGCAACCGCCACUUGGCUCCCUCGCGGAUGAGGCUUAUCCGCAGCUCCGUAGAGCUCCUAGCCGCGCCUAUAUAAAGGACAUGACCCCCUCUUCCAUCCUCGCCGUCCCGCUUCUUCCCACGCCGCCCCUACCGCUUGCUGUCGCCGUUCGCAUCUCGCCGGAGCCACGCCACUCCAUCGUCCAUUUCGUCGUCUGUGGCACCCCUAGCUCUCCUUCCUUUGUCAAUUGGAUCACCGCGAUAACACGCAUCUGUUUGACACGUUUUUUGCCCCUAGGUCCCGUCGGAGUCGCCGCACCAUCGACGCCGGAGUCGCCGGAGCACCGAGCCCCGCCGUCUUCGCCUCGCCCCGUCCCGACGCAGCCGACGAACGCCGACACCACCUUCGCGACGCCCUCGACGCGCCGCACCUCCCCGUCUUCUUCCCCGACGCCGAGGACCGCCGUAGCCGCUGCCCCGCAACCGCCCGACGCCGCGCCGCCGUCCUCUGCUCGUCGCCGACAUCGCCAGCCGUUGUAA